UUUUUUCCUCCAUUGAUAUAUACUUGAUUGUUUUUUCACUCUUUAUGUCAUUUUCGGAUGACUUUGAAGUUCACGUUUAAAGUCAGUCCACUCUAAAACAAGCCAAAUGCAAAGAGAAGAAAACUUGAACAUAAUCUCACCAAAAAAACACUCCCCAUGAAUACUUCAAAUCUAUUGUUGAUCAGUGCAACAACAGCACUAACAAUUAUCUCAGUAAUUUUUGCCUUCGAUGACGAAAAUGUGUUGAAACCACCUCCUAUACCAGGCUCUCAAAAUCUCCUCCCAAAAUCCGAAAUCAUCGAAUUGAAAGGAGCAGUUGGACCAGAGAGCAUUGCUUUCGAUCCAAAUGGAGAAGGCCCCUAUACAGGAGUUGCCGAUGGACGAAUUCUGAAGUGGCAAGGAUCAUAUUUGGCUGAUUUUGCAGUUAUCUCUUCUCAUAGGAAGAAUUGUACCCUGCCUUUUGCUCCUGAAAUGGAGCAUAUAUGUGGAAGGCCAUUGGGCUUACGAUUCGAUACCAAAACAGGGGACUUAUACAUUGCUGAUGCCUAUUUCGGGCUCCUAGUUGUUGGACCAAAAGGAGGAUUAGCUACACCAUUAGUCCAAAAAUUCCAAGGUAAGCCUCUAGUCUUCACAAAUGACAUUGAUAUUGAUGAUCAUGACAAUGUCAUUUAUUUCACGGAAACAAGCACAAAGUACCAACGCAGGCAAUUUUUCGCCUCUCUUUUAAGCGGAGAUAAGACAGGCAGGCUAAUGAAAUACACUAAAUCAACUCAAAAAGUACAGGUUUUAAUAAGAGGCCUUGGUUUUGCAAAUGGUGUAGCAUUGAGCAAAGACAAGUCCUUCGUGCUUGUAGCUGAAACUUCUACUGGUAGAAUAUUUAGGUAUUGGCUAAAAGGCCCUUUCAAAGGAAAACAUGAUACAUUUGCUGAGUUGCCGGGAUUUCCUGAUAACAUCAGAAUAAAUUCGAAAGGGGAAUUUUGGGUCGCUCUUCACGCAAAGAGAUCAGUAUUUGCACAAUUGAGUAUUUCGGAUUUAGAGCUCGGGAAGGCAUUGCUGAAGCUCCCGAUCACCACGCACCAACUGGACAACGUGUUGGGCGGAGGACAACCACACGCUACUGCAAUCAAGCUAAGCGAAGACGGGCGAGUUUUGGAGGUUUUAGAAGAUGUUGAAGGCAAGACAUUGAGGUCUAUUAGUGAAGUUCAGGAGAAACAUGGCAAGUUAUGGUUUGGUUCUGUUAUGAUGCCUUUUUUGGGAGUUUAUGGAUUAUAAGUUUUAAGUUAUAUAUACCAUCUGCUGAAGGAUUUUCUUUUACAAGAAUAUAUCAUCUAUUUAGACCGCCCUAUGAGUAAUUUAAGUUAGAUCCAAGUCAAGUUACCUCAAUUUCAAGCUUCUAAUAUGAUGAUUUCACUAUGUUAUUACUUAGCUAA